CGGCAAAAGGCAGCCCCAGCUAAAGGUUCGUGAUCAUUACAGCGUUUGGUUUUGUUUGAGGCACACCUCGCUUAUGCCGUAGUCGAAAGAUUGUUUGUGUGGUUGCUUUCAGUUGUCGCUCCUUCACGCUCUGGUCCAAGUGCCAGACGAAUCUCCAGGAUCAGCGAACUGCAUAGGAACCUCCCAGCAAACUUCCGAAAAGUGAAUUGAAAAAAGCAACAUAAAAUGACACCCAUCAGUUGGAGUACGACGCUCGUGGUGUUGGUGGCGGCGCUAUGCCUUGGGACCACCAUGGCGGCCCCCAGCACCCGGGUGAAACGAGAGAACGAGCUGAGUGCCGAAGCAGCGGGUGUGAAUCCAGUUGCUGCCGUCUCCGAGGACGCCUCAAUCAAUGACCUCGACCGUGACAAGCGAAAAAUUCCGGCUGAUCACAAGUUCGAAGCGAAAAACGCCAUCCUCGGAUUUGUGUUCGGAAAAAUCAACUCCAUCAUCGACGCCAAGACCCGCCUGGUGGACAAACUGGAACAGGUUAACAUCGAGAAGAACAAGCAGCACCACAUCGAAUCGCCGAAGCCCAUCACCAGCUUCCAGACGCUAGUGUCCUCGGUGAUCACACCCAAGGUGCAGUUCAUCACGCAGAAGAUCGGUUCGCUGAGCGGAAGCUUCCUGGGUGGAUCUUCGGGCGGUGGUGAUAACGGUGGUGAUGAGCAUGGCAACGGAAGCCCCGCUGCACCCGGCCUAGGGGGUGUUGUGUCCUCUCUGCUGAAGCUCUCCGGCCCGAUCCUGUCCGGAUCGUCCGGUGCGAACGGUGGCGGCUCUAACUCGGUAUCGCUGGGCGAUCACGAUGAUGACGACGAGUAAAUCAAUCGCUCACCGGGUGAAACAAUGUUAUUAUGUUUUGGAUUAUGUUAUUUAUCACCGAGGAAAAACAGGAAAAUUAAACAAAAACUGGGUUCCAUGAUUGUGUUCCAUGUGGUACUUGUACCAUUCGUGACUCGAAAUUAACCGAAAAUCAUUCUCAUUACGCGAUCAUUCAUACGUAAGAAAUUAUAAGGCAAUAGUAGCUGAUAGUUAGGGGAGGAGAGGAGAGAGUCACACAUAGGUAGGGUUUGAUGAAAAAUGGAAAACAAACAACAAGAGAAAAAAAACAAAAGAAUCUGAAACGAUAGCAAGUUUCUAAUCAAA